AUGUCUCGACCCUCGCUUCGAAAGCUACUGAAAACCCGGCAUAAGAACUCCCGCUUGAAACCGUUACUGAGCACACAGAUCACUGUGGUACUCGAGAAAAAGAGUCAGCCGCUUAGAGGAGAGGCUCGAGUUGAGGUUGCUAAUAGUGAUAGAGUGAUCGAAUCGGACGCUGUGCCAUUGAUUGAUCAGCUCUUAGAUGGGCUUGUUGAGAUAGGUCAGAAUGAAGCAAAUGCCCCUAGUGGAAGGAAUAUGCCCAGAGGUGGUUUAGAGAAUAAGUCAAUAAGUAAGAUCGAAAGGGCAGGGAUAUCUCUGGGGUAA